CAAAUCGAUUGGGUGUUCAACAGCCUCUCAACCUCAAGAAACGGGUUUAAACGCAUAAAGCAAUAUGUCGCGACCUGCGGCGAGGAAAGCCGCGCCGAAAGGCGAAUAUAUCGAAACGGAUUCUGGCAAUAAAGUCUCACGGCGUGCAGCAAUCACUGGGACCGCAAACAUCACGCUUGGCGGCAGAACGGUGAUCAUGGCAGACGUACAAUUACGGGGCGACCUGCACCCAACACGAUCAGUACCGUCGCAGUCCAGCAAAGAAGUCACACCCACAAGUAUCAGCAUCGGACGGUGUACAGUCAUCUCAACCGGGAGCAUCAUAAAACCGCCGUCUCGAAUCAGCAGAGGUCAGGUGCACUACUACCCGAUGAAGAUUGGGGACAACGUUUUCGUUGGACCAAAUUGUACAAUACAAGCUAUCAACAUAUCGUCGCACGUUCAUAUCGGUGAAAAGGUGGUCAUCAGCCCCUUUGUGAUUAUCAAAGAGAGUGUCAAGAUCCUUCCAAACACUGUGAUACCAGCAAACAUGGUUAUCGCGUCUGGCUCCGUGGUUGGUGGGCAGCCCGCAAGAGUCGUAGGUGAGGUGGGCGAAGGGUGGGGUGUGAGCGGCGGAGGCUCAGGUGGAGGCCUUGGUGUUGGCGGCGGCGGAGAAGAGAAGUGGGUUGAGGGCGGGGACUUGAGGGAGCUGGUGAGGAGUAUCAAAUAGACUGCUGAGCUCAGUCGGAAAUCGCUGCAUGAGAAAGAGUCCGGCCUGCAAGUUCGGCAUGAUACCCAGUAAGCCUUCUCCCCUUGCGACGAAGAGAACACGGUGCAUAUGAAGCCUGUUCUCUACAGACUGCUUACAUCUUAGCUCACAGGAAUUCAUGUAGAUCUUGUUUCCCAAUGUCGCAUCUGUACCACAACUUGGAUUUAUCCGCAGCUAACCCCGCCAUCGUACUACAUCCUCUCAUUUCCA